AUGGAGCUGGAAGAAGGAGUGAAGAGGCGAACGGCGGUGACAGUUGUGCCUAUAGCCAGCGGCAGCAACACGAACGAUGAUAUUCCCGACUGUAACGACGCCUCAACGGUGGUUUUGGGCUUUGACGACAAUGCCGGCGACUGGAACGUCACAAGCAAUGGUGGCAACAGCAACGACUAUCGGCAGCAAAGCAACAGUGGGGCAGUGGUCUUUGCCAGCCGGAGAACGGAAUUUCUUCUCGAAAAUCAAAAUUUAGAAGCUCCAAAUUUAAUCUUGCUUGAGGAUUCGAAAUCAGAAGGAACAAGAAAAUCAAUUUCGAAAAUCAAAAGGCACAAGGAAAUCAGUUUCGAAAAUCAUAAGGAAAAGGAAAUUAAUUUUAGAUUUUUGAAGAUUUUUACAGUUUUAUUACAAGAAAAUCAAAGAUUAUUUUUUCAAGAAUUGAAUCAAGAACAAAGAAGCUACUUACAGAUUUGCAUAUUGAAGUUCUACCUAUGAUCUAUAUCAACUCAAGAACCAAUUAUGGAUUGGUUUUGAUGAAGAUCGAGAGAAAGCUAUUGAAAU